UAACGUACCUUGGGAUUUCUUUACCGGAAACUACUAGGCACCGCACGUGUGUUUUGUACGUGAAGUCGUAGUGGCGAUGGGGAAGAGAAGGCAAAAAAGCCAUAUUUUUAAUAAUCUAACUAAAAAACAAAAGAAGCAUCUAAAAGAAUUCGGAGAGCAACACCCUUUCCAUGACAACGUCAAUGAAAAGCCCGAGAAGACACAAAUUGUGAAUCUGCCGGAGAGCCCGGAGCAGUCCAGCGCGGAGAGUGACGCGGAGAGCGAGCCUGAGUGCGCGUCCGCCUACCAGAAGCUGCUGUCGACUCUGAGCAAGCCUACUGUGGAGGAGGAGGAAGAAGAAGAGAGUGAAGACGAAGAAAGCGAGAGUGAAGAAGAAGAACUGGAGAACGGAGAAGAAGGUGGGAGCGACAGUGGCGAAGAGGAUGACGAAGAUGAAGAGGGCGACGAGGUAGAUGAAACACCUGGAGAGCAGGAGAGAGAGGGCGAGGAGAUGGAAGAGGGAAAGGAGGGCGAGGAAGAGGAAGACUGCGACCGUGCCGGGGGGGAUGACGUCGCGCUGGCCGAGGAGUUCACGGACAAAGAGCACGAGUCGCAGUUCUGUCUGGAGACAAACUUCCAGGAGGAAGGGGAGGAGCCAGAGGCUCCCGGUGCCCCAGCGCUGCAGGAUGACACCCACGACCUCUUCGUACAGCACCUGGACACGGAGCUUAGUGAAGACGAAGUGAAGAGAGCACAAACCGGGAGCAGAACCAGGACCCAGACCAGGUGGCCGAGAUUGGGGUCCCUGGUGUUCACCUCCACCGUGGAGCGCUUCAGCGUCCUCGGCAAGGAGAUUGGCAGGACUCCGCCCCGCCUCCACAAGGCCCUGGAGGCCAACUGGCCCGCCGCGAACAAGGCCUCCCUCCCCCAGGGGGCGCCGGAGGAUGUGAGCCCCCUGCAGCAGGAGCUGCUGGGCCUGAUGGGCUCCUACCGGGACGUGUACUUUCCGGAGAGCGCGCCCCUGGCGGAGGCGCCGCAGGUGCGGAGCGCCUACUGCCUGCACGCCCUCAACCACGUGCUGAAGGCCAACUCGCGCGUCCUGGAGCACAACACCCGGCUGAGGGAGCGCCAGGCCGGGGACGACCACCAGGGGGAGCUCCGGGACCAAGGCCUGACUCGCCCCAAGGUUCUGAUCCUGGUCCCGUUUCGGGACAGCGCCCUGCGGGUGGUGCAGACCCUCAUCAGCCUCCUGGAGCCCCGCGGCCGCAAGAUGGACGUCAGCAACAAGAAGCGCUUUAAGGACGAGUUCGGAGAGGAGCCGGGCGACCGGCCGCCCACCCUCACCAGGCCUGACGACUACCACGCCGUCUUCUCCGGCAACGUGGACGACCACUUCAGGAUAGGCGUGUCCAUAUUGCGCAGGAGCCUACGCCUCUACGCCCCCUUCUACUCCUCCGACAUCAUCAUCGCGUCCCCGCUGGGCCUGCGCACCGUGUUGGGGACGGAGGGGGAGUCCGUGCGGGACUUCGACUUCCUGUCCUCCAUCCAGCUCCUGGUGGUGGACCAGGCCGACGUCUUCCUCAUGCAGAACUGGGAGCACGUGCUGCAUGUGAUGAAGCACCUGAACCUGCAGCCGCUGGACGCUCACGGGGUGGACUUCUCUCGGGUGCGCAUGUGGAACCUGAACAACUGGGCCCAGUGUUACCGGCAGACCCUGGUGUUCAGCGCCGUGCAGGAACCCCAGAUCAAUAACAUCCUCUCCAAGCACUGUUUCAACUACAGGGGCCAGGUUGCUGUGAAGAAUUUGCCCAAAACGGGGUCCAUCUGCCAGGUUGUGGUCCAGCUGCCUCACGUCUUUCAGAGAUUCAGUUCUGACAGCUUCAUGGAUCAGGACGCCAGGUUCCGGUUCUUGGUGGAUAAGGUGCUGCCGCAGUACCGGGACGCGGUCAUGGGCCACACGCUCAUCUACGUCCCGUCCUACUUCGACUUCGUGCGCCUGCGCAACCACCUGAAGAGGGAGGAGGUGAACUUCGCCUCCCUGUGCGAGUACUCCAAGCGGGCGGAGGUGUCCCGCGCCCGGCACUUCUUCCAGAAGGGAGACACGCAGUUCCUGCUCUUCACCGAGCGCUUCCACUUCUACAAGAGGUACAGGAUAAAGGGGAUCCAUAACCUGAUCUUCUACGGGCUGCCCACGUACGCGCACUUCUACAGCGAGGUGUGCAACAUGCUGCAGGCGGGGGCCAGCGGGGAGGAGGCCAGCUGGACCUGCACGGCGCUGUACUCCCGCUACGACGCGCAGCGGCUGGCCGCCGUCGCCGGGGCCGACAGGGCCGCGCUCAUGCUGCGCUCCCAGAAGGCCGUGCACCUGUUCGUCACGGGGGAGGACAAGGCCCUCUGAGGGGCGUCGGGGUCACCUGGGGAGGGGCGGGGUGUUCGGAGGGGGGGGGCCUUUCCUGAGGCGCUGAAACGGGCGCUCGUCCCAAUGUCACUUCCGCCUCCCGUUUCCUGUUUCGUGUGACCGAGCUCACCGCUCAGAUGACGGGGCUGCGUUGGAGGGCCGGGGGGGCGGCCGAGGUGCCGUGAAGCUGAACCCGUCCUGUCCGUCCCACCGGGACUGCAGCCAAGGCCGUCCCGAGCUUUGGUACCCGGGGGCGUGGUCAGAGAAAGAGUGCGAUACGCACUUCCUGCCUUCACCCAAUCAGCAUCGCUGCUCAAGUGGUCUCCAACACCUUCAAAUAACUUUAAAUACCGAUAAUAAUUGUUUCUAUUCUCAUUAAUUUUAUUGACACCUUGAGUAUUUUACAGUUCAUGUUUCACAGUACAUUUUCCAUGAAAAUUUGUGGAAUUGUUAUUUUUUAAAAAUGUAACUGAAAGGAGGAAUCCGUUUUGUGCCGUUGGUUGUUCAGGAUGUCCGUAUUUAUGUCAUUCUUGGCUGUCAUACCUCUGAAUAAACAAAACGCUGUAAAAUGA